AUGGACAUACCCCUCCCUGUGCUGAUCCCUCAUGGACAUACCCCCUCCCUGUGCUGCUCCCCCAUGGACAUACCCCUCCCUGUGCUGCUCCCCCAUGGACACACCCCAUCCCUGUGCUGCUCCCCCAUGGACAUACCCCCUCCCUGUGCUGCUCCCCCAUGGAUAUACCCCCUCCCUGUGCUGCUCCCCCAUGGACAUACCCCCUCCCUGUGCUGCUCCCCCAUGGCCAUACCCCCUCCCUGUGCUGCUCCCCAUGGACAUACCCCCUCCCUGUGCUGCUCCCCCAUGGACAUACCCCCUCCCUGUGCUGCUCCCCCUUGGACACACCCCCUCCCUGUGCUGCUCCCCCAUGGACACACCCCCUCCCUGUGCUGCUCCCCCAUGGACAUACCCCCCCUGUGCUGCUCCCCCAUGGACAUACCCCUCCCUGUGCUGCUCCCCCAUGGACAUACCCCCUCCCUGUGCUGCUCCCCCAUGGACACACCCCCCCUGUGCUAUUCUCCCAUGGACACACCCCCUGUGCUGUUCUCCCAUGGACACCCCCUCCUGUGCUAUUCUCCCAUGGACACACCCCUCCCUGAGCUAUUCUCCCAUGGAAACACCCCCUCCCUGUGCUGCUCCCCCAUGGACACACCCCCUCCCUGUGCUGCUCCCCCAUGGACACACCCCUCCCUGUGCUAUUCUCCCAUGGACACACCCCCUGUGCUAUUCUCCCAUGGACACCCCCUCUUGUGCUAUUCUCCCAUGGACACACCCCUCCCUGAGCUAUUCUCCCAUGGACACACCCCCUCCCUGAGCUAUUCUCCCAUGGAAACACCCCCUCCUGUGCUAUUCUCCCAUGGACACACCCCCUCCCUGAGCUUUUCUCCCAUGGAAACACCCCCUCCUGUGCUAUUCUCCCAUGGACACACCCCCUUCCGCGCUACUCUCCCAUGGACACACCCCCUCCGGUGCUAUUCUUCUCAUGGACACACCCCUUCCCUCGCUACUCCACCAUGUAUACACCCCCUCCUGUGCUAUUCUUCUCAUGGACACACCCUCUCCCUGUGCUGCUCCCCCAUGGAGAUAACCCCUCCCUGUGCUGCUCCCCCAUGGACAUACCACCUCCCUGUGCUGCUCCCCCAUGGACACACCCUCUCCCUGUGCUGCUCCCCCAUGGACACACCCCCUCCCUGUGCUGCUCCCCCAUGGACACACCCCCUCCCUGUGCUGCUCCCCCAUGGACAUACCCCUCCCUGUGCUGCUCCCCAUGGACAUACCCCCUCCCUGUGCUGCUCCCCCAUGGACAUACCCCUCCCUGUGCUGCUCCCCGAUGGACAUACCCCCUCCCUGCGCUGCUCCCCAUGGACAUACCCCCUCCCUGUGCUGCUCCCCCAUGGACAAACCCCUCCCUGUGCUGCUCCCCCAUGGACAUACCCCCUCCCUGUGCUGCUCCCCGUGGACAUACCCACUCCCUGUGCUGCUCCCCGUGGACAUACCCCCUCCCUGUGCUGCUCCCCCAUGGACACACCCCCUCCCUGUGCUGCUCCCCCAUGGACAUACCCCCUCCCUGUGCUGCUCCCCCAUGGACACACCCCCUCCCUGUGCUGCUCCCCCAUGGACACACCCCUCCCUGUGCUAUUCUCCCAUGGACACACCCCCUGGUACUGUAGGAACGUCCUGCCCCGGAGAAAGCCACAGAUCAGCUGUGUUUGA